AUGAUCGGCCAGAAGACACUGUAUUCUUUCUUCUCCCCAAGCCCUGCCGGGAAGCGACGUACCCACAGUCCCGAGCCGGCCGACCAGGGGACCCGCGUGGUAACGAUAGCUGAGGACAACGGGGAUGCGUUGGCUAGCCCCGCCAAGCAGGCCCGCGCGGCGCCGUUCGCGCUGAGCCCGGAGCAGCUAGUCCGCAUACAGAAGAACAAGGCCGCCGCCCUGCGCAGACUCGCCGCCCGCCACGCGCCCGCCGAGUUCGGGGAGAGCUGGAAGCAGCAGCUCAGCGACGAGUUCGGGAAACCCUAUUUCAUAAAGUUAAUGGAAUUUGUUACAGAAGAAAGAAAACAUUACACUGUUUACCCACCCCCUCAGCAAGUCUUCACAUGGACCCAGAUGUGUGAUAUAAGAGAUGUGAAGGUUGUCAUCCUGGGACAGGAUCCGUAUCAUGGACCGAAUCAAGCUCAUGGGCUCUGCUUUAGCGUUCAAAGACCUGUACCACCUCCACCCAGUUUAGAAAACAUUUAUAAAGAGCUGUCUUCAGACUUGGAUGAUUUUGUUCAUCCUGGCCACGGAGAUCUGUCUGGAUGGGCCAAACAAGGUGUUCUCCUACUCAAUGCUGUCCUCACAGUUCGAGCACACCACACCAAUUCUCACAAGGAAAGAGGCUGGGAGCAGUUUACCGAUGCAGUUGUAUCCUGGCUGAAUCAGAACCUGAAUGGCCUCGUCUUCUUACUCUGGGGCUCCUACGCUCAGAAGAAAGGCAGUGCCAUCGAUCGGAAGCGGCACCAUGUCUUGCAGACUGCCCACCCAUCACCACUGUCGGUGUAUCGGGGGUUCUUUGGGUGCAGGCACUUCUCUAAAGCCAAUGAACUACUGCAGAAGUCUGGCAAGAAGCCCAUCAACUGGAAGGAGUUGUGA